AUGACUUACCCAUCAGAAGUUAUUGAGCACAAUUAUGGGAGAUCAGUCCUUUAUGUGCUAUUGCUCCUGGGGGAUGCUAUUCGUAUUCAGGAAGGAACACAAUGUACCAAAUGUAAAAAUAACUGGGCACUGAAGUUUUCUAUCAUUUUAUUAUACAUUUUGUGUGCCUUGCUAACAAUCACAGUAGCCAUUUUGGGAUAUAAAGUUGUAGAGAAAAUGGACAAUGUCACAGGUGGCAUGGAAACAUCUCGCCAAACCUAUGAUGACAAGCUCACAGCAGUGGAAAGUGACCUGAAAAAAUUAGGGGACCAAACUGGGAAGAAGGCUAUAAGCACCAACUCAGAACUUUCUACCUUCAGAUCAGGCAUUCUAGAUCUUCGUCAACAACUUCGUGAGAUUACAGAAAAAACCAGCAAGAACAAAGAUAUGCUGGAGAAGUUACAGGCAACUGGGGAUGCACUGGUGGACAGACAGAGUCAACUGAAAGAAACUUUGGAGAAUAACUCUUUCCUCAUCACCACUGUCAACAAAACCCUCCAGGCAUAUAACGGCUAUGUCACAAAUCUACAACAAGAUACCAGCAUGCUCCAGGGCAAUCUGCAGAACCAAAUGUAUUCUCAUAACGUGGUCAUUAUGAACCUCAACAACCUGAACAUGACCCAGGUGCAGCAGAGGAACCUCAUCACAAAUCUGCAGCAGUCUGUGGAUGACACAAGCCAGGCUAUCCAGCGAAUCAAGAAUGACUUCCAAAAUCUGCAGCAGGUUUUCCUUCAAGCCAAGAAGGACACCGAUUGGCUGAAGGAGAAAGUACAGAGCUUGCAGACACUGGCUGCCAACAACUCUGCCUUGGCCAAAGCCAACAACGACACACUUGAGGAUAUGAACAGCCAGCUCAGCUCAUUCACAGGUCAGAUGGACAACAUCACUACUAUCUCACAAGCCAACGAGCAGAACCUGAAAGACCUUCAGGACUUACACAAGGAUGCAGAGAAUAGAACAGCCACCAAGUUUAGCCAACUGGAGGAACGCUUCCAACUCUUUGAGACGGAUAUUGUGAACAUCAUUAGCAAUAUCAGCUACACAGCCCACCACCUGCGGACGCUGACCAGCAAUCUGAAUGAAGUCAGGACCACUUGCACGGAUACUCUAACCAAACACACGGAUGACCUGACCUCCUUGAAUAAUACACUGGCCAAUAUCCGUUUGGAUUCUGUUUCUCUCAGGAUGCAACAAGAUGUAAUGAGGUCAAGGUUAGACACUGAAGUGGCCAAUUUAUCAGUGAUUAUGGAAGAAAUGAAGCUGGUGGACUCCAAGCAUGGUCAGCUCAUCAAGAAUUUUACAAUACUACAAGGUCCUCCUGGCCCCAGGGGUCCGAAAGGUGACAGAGGACCCCAGGGACCCCCUGGUCCAACUGGCAACAAGGGACAGAAAGGAGAGAAGGGGGAGCCUGGUCCACCUGGCCCUGCCGGUGAGAGAGGCCCAACUGGGCCUGCUGGCCCCCCUGGAGAGCGUGGCAGCAAAGGCUCCAAAGGCUCGCAGGGCCCCAAAGGCUCCCGAGGGUCCCCUGGGAAGCCCGGCCCUCAAGGCCCAAGUGGGGACCCAGGCCCCCAGGGCCCACCAGGCAAGGAUGGACUUCCUGGCCCCCAGGGCCCUCCUGGCUUCCAGGGACUACAGGGCACUGUAGGGGAGCCUGGAGUGCCAGGACCACGGGGAUUGCCAGGCUUGCCCGGGGUGCCAGGCAUGCCGGGCCCCAAGGGUCCCCCAGGGCCCCCAGGCCCAUCAGGGGCAGUAGUGCCCCUGGCUCUGCAGAACGAGCCAACCUCGGCACCAGAAGCCAAUGGCUGCCCACCUCACUGGAAGAACUUCACAGACAAAUGCUACUAUUUUUUGGUUAAAAAAGAAAUUUUUGAGGAUGCAAAACUUUUCUGUGAAGACAAAUCUUCACAUCUCGUUUUCAUAAACACAAGGGAGGAACAGCAAUGGAUAAAAAAGCAGAUAAUAGGGAGUGAUAGCUACUGGAUUGGCCUCACGGACUCGGAGCAUGAAAAUGAAUGGAGGUGGCUGGAUGGGACGUCUCCGGACUACAAAAAUUGGAAAGCUGGACAGCCAGAUAACUGGGGUCAUGGCCAUGGGCCAGGAGAAGAUUGUGCGGGGUUGAUUUAUACCGGGCAGUGGAACGAUUUCCAGUGUGAAGACGUCAACAACUUCAUUUGUGAAAAAGACAGGGAGACGGUACUAUCAUCCGCAUUGUAAUGGACUGUGAUGUAGUAACGAGCAAAUUUAGACACCUCUCAAAGGCAAAGGAUACUCCUUUCUG